AUGUUGCUGCUGAUCCUCGCUCUAGCGAACUUUGCUAGAGACUGUAUCGCUGUCCCGUUCGACUCUGCCGGCAAUUCUUCUUCUGUAGAGAUCGUCUGGGUGACUGAACUGGUCACCGCUGAACAGAGCUUUCUACCAUCCGGCACUGGUCUGGCCAUCCUUGAGACAUCUGGCUCUGUGACAUCACUGCUGCUAGCACCCGCCGAAUCUCAAAAUCCGCCAAGUCUUCCUGCAGCUUCUUCGCUUGCUCUACUUGCCACUCCGACGGUCACAUCGCCCAUGUCUGUAUUGCUAUUCCCUCCUAAUACCGUGACCGAUAUUUUGACGAGCACGGUUACCGCGACAUUGACGGAACCUCCAACCACCGUCACCGUCACCGCUCCGCCAUUGACGGCAACCGAUGUGGUGACCAUCUCUCCUCUACCACCUCCGUCUGUACCCCAGACAGCGUGGACCGCUCCGUCGCGCAUGUCAGAUCUUGCCGACUUCAACGUCACGAACUUUGCUUGCGGACAGAAGAACUUACAUGUAGUCGACGGCAUUCCAGUAGACAUCAGCGCCGUGACGCUGAACACCAUGGCAGGCGGCGCGAAUACGUCCGACUUUCCUUUGCCGUGGGACAAUUCGAGUACGGCCUUGCAGUUGUUCUAUCCCGAGAGCUCGAUCAACCCGGGAACAGAACCGCAAGGAGGGGCUGACUUUUAUGCCACACCACUUGACCUGCACAACGCGAAAAACGUGUCUCUUGAGUACAGCGUCUUCUUUCCGGCGGAUUUCGAAUUUGUGCUAGGUGGGAAACUGCCCGGGUUGUACGGCGGACGUAUGGGCUGUUCUGGAGGCGAUGUCGCGGUCACUUGCUUCAGCACGCGCCUGAUGUGGCGAGCUGGAGGAGCCGGUGAACUUUACCUGUAUGCUCCAAAGAACAAACAAACAAGAGCGCUCUGCUCCACCCCUCCACUGUCGGUCUGCGAUGCUGAAUACGGAUUGUCCAUUGGCCGUGGCUCAUUCUACUUCGCUGCGGGAGGCUGGACACGUGUGCGGCAGACGGUUACCCUGAAUACUCCAGGCGCGCAAAACGGAGGCUUUGUCUUGGAGGUCAACGGGAAGCGAGUCAUUAAUCGCUCAGAUGUUUAUUAUCGUGAUGCUCCCGUUCCGCAGCAGAGUCCCGAUGAUGGUGAUGGAUCGGACGGCGCCGACGGUCAAUCGGCACCUGAUCCUGAACCAACUUCACAGCCUGACCCAGAUGGAGACGAUGGAGGUCUGCUCGGUGGAUUGUUCGGCCCGGGGGGCAUCCUCGGACAUGUCGCGCUCUGGCCUGGCAGCAGCGGCAUCCUGGUCAUGCGUGACGAUUCACUUUAUGCUGGUUCUGCCCUGCUUCCCUCGCCGACUGCACUCACGGAACAACCGAUCGCCGGCGCUGCUGCUUCUCCUUCAUUGGCUCAAUGUAUGGCAGCGUCGUAUAUGAACGGGUCGGCCACUCAAGCGAUGUCUAACGCCUUCAACACAGCGGCGACCUGUGCUCAACCUGGCGCUCUCACACAAACUGUAACGCCAGUGACAACGAGCACGACCACCGUCUAUCCCACUGUGGCGCCGACGACCGAGCUUUUCGCCAUCGAAGCGAUGCAGGCCUCGGAGCCGAUCCGCUUCGCAGGACUGUUCUUCAGUACUUUCUUCGGAGGACAUGAACCGGAGUAUGCAUCGCCAAAGGAUCAGUACGCAUGGUUCAAGGACUUUUCCAUGACGAUCAACAGUUGA